UGGCCCCUGUUGACUUGGCUGGGCUCUGCGUGACGACUGAGAGGAGUGAGGGGGGGACAUUUGAGCUCGGAGGCGCAGCGGUGCGGGAUAGUUGAGAAGAGCAGAGAGCAGGGGAGAGAGGUGCGGGAGAGACGGAGCGCACCCGUCAACCAGCUGGAGGAACCCACACCAACCAACCCUUAUGGCUGUUUAAGAAAUAAUACACCCCCUCCCCCGUUUUCUCUUUCCCUGGGACUUCUGACUUUUUUUUUUUUUUAGUUUUCUCCUCAGCAGAAGUUGUUGCAAUCCUAAUUAAUUGCUCUUACCAAAAAUAGAGAAGUGAAUCCACUUGCCGUGGACGGCACAGGCGGUCAUGGAUACCCAUAUAAGAUGGAAAGUUAAAAGGAGGAUAAGGGACGCCCAACUCACUAUAGCGGUGAUUCUGCUUUUUGUCACGUCGCGUGCAAGUUCAGCGGAACCAGCUGACCUCUUGAAGAUUUUAGAUUUUCACAGUUUACCUGAUGGUGUUACAAAAUCAACGGGAUUCUGCUCACAUAGGAGGUCAACACAAGGACCUGAUGAAGCCUACAGAGUAUCCAAAGACGCCCAGCUCAGUGCGCCCACCAAACAGCUGUACCCAGGCGAUGCCUUCCCUGAGGAUUUUUCCAUCAUGGCCACGGUGAAGCCUAAGAAGGGCAGCCAGUCCUUCUUGCUUUCUGUGUACAACGAACAGGGCAUCCAGCAGCUCGGACUGGAAGUGGGCCGCUCCCCCGUGUUCCUGUACGAGGACCACACAGGCAAACCCAGCCCCGAGGAUUACCCCUUGUUCAGAGGAGUCAACCUAGCUGACGGAAAGUGGCAUCGAGUGGCUAUCAGUGUUCACAAACAGACCAUCACCCUCAUUCUGGACUGUAAAAAGAAGACCACCCAGAAGCUGCUCCGAAGCCCCCGACCCAUCGUUGAUACUAAAGGAAUUAUAGUGUUUGGAACUAGAAUACUUGAUGAGGAAGUCUUUGAGGGAGACAUCCAGCAGCUAAUGAUUGUAGCAGACCAUCGCGCUGCCUAUGACUACUGUGAGCACUAUAGCCCUGACUGUGAGGUGCCAAUGCCAGACCAACCACAGAACCAGGACCCCAAUACGGAUGAUUUAACUCCAGAAGAGGACAACUACUAUUAUGAAUACCCUUAUUACGAUGAUGUGGACUCCAAGACUGAUCUUGAGACAACUGUAAAAGAAAUUGAGGUUACGGGUGGAGACAGGAGUGGUGGAGUGGUGACCACAGUAGAUAAGGUUGUGACCAGGGGUUCCGGUUCUACCGGUUCUACCGGCUCCAUCUCCUCCAGCUCAUCCUCCGGAGCAUCCUCCAGUUCAUCAAGCGGCUCUUCACGCUCUGCCACCGGAGAGGAUGAUGCCUACGCAGGGCAGACGAACCCUGGCUAUGAUGGCUAUGAUGGCUACGAUGGCUACGAUAGCUACUACACAGACUACAGUGAGGGAACGGCAGCACCUGACGGCGAUGCCACCCGACGUAUCACCAUCAGUGGCACAGACUUGGGAGCUGGAGCAAAGAUUGACCUGGCAUCGGGCACUGGAGCCGAGAGGAGGGUGGUCACCAGUGGCGGAGGAGGCUCAGUGACGGUCACCACCAAUAAAACAUCGGCGGGGGCUGCCUAUGACGAUGAUGGCUAUGGCUAUGAUGACGACAACUACUACACCACCGGGGGCGGAGGAGGCGGUAGCAGAAACAGUGUGCUGGUCAGCGGUGGCGGCGGCGGCAGCAGCAGCAGUGUGCUAGUCAGCGGUGGAGGCGGCGGCAGCAGCAGCAGUGUGCUCGUCAGUGGCGGUGGCGGUGGCUCCAGCAGCAGCAGUUCCAGUUCCGGCAGUGGUGGCUCUGUUUCUGUAGGUGGAGGCUCUGUAUCUGCGGGAGGAUCUUCCACCUCUGCAGGCGGAUCAGCCGUUGCCGGCACCGGCACUGGUGGGUCCGUCGGCACUGAACUUGACUUGAACGUAGAUGACUACUUGGAGAAAUUCAAGGAAGAAGACCUCAACUACACAGGUGUAGUCGACUACUACAGCAAUUACGAAGAUCCUUACGACGACCCUUACAAUGGCAUUAUCAAAGGGCUGCCUGCUGAGACCGAUCCCUAUCAGAUUGACGCAGUUCGUGGAGAGAAGGGACAGAAGGGAGAGCCUGCUGUUAUUGAGCCUGGAAUGCUGGUGGAGGGUCCGCCUGGGCCUGAGGGGCCAACGGGUCUCCCUGGACCCCCAGGUUCUUCUGGCUCACCAGGCAGUCCUGGAGAUCCUGGAGAAAGGGGUCUUCCGGGUCGUUCUGGUCUUCCUGGUGCUGAUGGUCUGCCAGGACCCCCUGGAACUGUCCUAAUGCUGCCUUUCAGAAUGAGCUCCGGAGGGGACUCUGGACAGAAGGGACCACAAGUGUCAGCGCAGGAGGCCCAGAUGCAAGCCAUCAUGCAGCAGGCCAGGCUUGCUAUGCGUGGCCCUACCGGUCCAAUGGGAUUGACUGGAAGACCCGGCCCUCUGGGUCCUACUGGUGUAUCAGGACUGAAGGGAGAGCUUGGAGAGGCGGGACCUCAGGGACCACGUGGACCCUUGGGAUCUGGUGGACCAACUGGAAAGCCUGGAAGAAGAGGUCGUUCUGGUGCCGACGGUGCCAGAGGGAUGCCGGGACAGACCGGACCCAAGGGAGACAGAGGGUUCGACGGUCUGGCUGGACUCCCUGGUGAAAAAGGACACAGAGGCGAGUCUGGUCCCACUGGACCCCCUGGUUCACCUGGAGAAGAUGGAGAGAGGGGAGAUGACGGAGAGAUCGGACCCAGGGGACUUCCUGGUGAACCAGGACCCCGUGGUUUGUUGGGACCAAAAGGGCCUCAGGGACCUCCUGGACCUCCUGGUGUUACUGGAAUGGAUGGUCAUCCUGGACCCAAAGGAAAUAUAGGCCCUCAAGGAGAGCCAGGCCCUCCCGGACAGCAAGGCAACCCUGGUGCCCAGGGACUCCCAGGCCCCCAAGGAGCCAUCGGAGGUCCAGGAGAGAAGGGUCCAACUGGAAAGCCGGGCUUGCCAGGAAUGCCAGGAGCUGAUGGUCCACCGGGUCACCCUGGAAAGGAGGGUCCUCCUGGGGAGAAAGGACACAUGGGACCUGCCGGCCCUCAAGGACCCAUCGGUUAUCCUGGGCCCCGAGGUGUAAAGGGAGCUGAUGGUGUGCGUGGCCUCAAGGGACACAAGGGUGAGAAGGGAGAAGAUGGCUUCCCCGGCUUCAAGGGAGAUAUGGGUAUCAAAGGCGACAGGGGAGAACUUGGACCAGCAGGGCCCAGAGGAGAGGACGGUCCCGAAGGGCCAAAAGGUCGCUCAGGGCUGCCAGGAGAUCCUGGUCCAAUUGGGCCUUCCGGUGAGAAGGGUAAACUUGGAGUUCCUGGUUUGCCAGGAUAUCCAGGAAGACAAGGACCAAAGGGAUCUCAAGGUUUCCAAGGCUUUCCUGGUGCCAAUGGAGAGAAAGGAACUCGGGGAACAGGAGGAAAGCCAGGCCCACGUGGACAGAGAGGACCAACGGGGCCUCGAGGAGAGAGAGGACCGAGAGGACCAACGGGAAAAGCUGGACCAAAAGGCAACUCAGGAAACGAUGGCCCACCAGGACCUCCCGGUGAGAGGGGCUUGCCCGGGCCUCAGGGACCAACAGGCUUCCCAGGACCAAAGGGCCCUCCUGGACCUUCAGGGAAAGACGGACUGCCCGGACAUCCUGGACAGAGAGGGGAGACUGGAUUCCAAGGCAAGACGGGACCUCCUGGUCCUCCGGGUGUGGUCGGACCUCAGGGGCCAACAGGUGAAACUGGACCAAUGGGAGACCGGGGCCAUCCUGGACCCCCAGGCCCGCCUGGUGAGCAGGGUCUACCUGGAGCUGCAGGGAAAGAAGGAGCUAAGGGUGACCCGGGUCCUGCUGGACCAGCUGGAAAAGAUGGACCUCCUGGGCAGAGAGGCUUCCCUGGAGAGAGAGGCUUGCCCGGCCCUGUGGGGGCUCAUGGCCUGAAAGGGAACGAGGGUCCUCCUGGCCCAUCAGGCCCUGCUGGUUCUCCCGGUGAGCGAGGUCCUGCUGGACCAGCUGGACCUACCGGUCUUCCUGGACGCUCUGGCCCUCAAGGACCACCAGGCCCUGCUGGAGAGAAAGGCGGACCGGGAGAGAAAGGGCCUCAAGGACCAGCUGGAAGAGAUGGCAUUCAGGGACCUGUGGGUCUUCCAGGACCUGGAGGACCUCCUGGACCACCAGGAGAGGACGGAGACAAGGGAGAGCUUGGUGAACCAGGACAGAAAGGAAGUAAAGGUGACAAAGGAGAACAUGGUCCACCUGGUCCUACCGGCCCUCAAGGACCCGUGGGAGCACCAGGUCCUGCUGGUGCGGAUGGAGAACCAGGUCCUAGAGGUCAGCAGGGUAUGUUUGGCCAGAAGGGAGAUGAAGGAUCAAGAGGCUUCCCUGGACCUCCGGGCCCGGUUGGGCUGCAGGGCUUGCCUGGUCCACCUGGUGAGAAAGGGGAAACCGGAGAUGUUGGUCAAAUGGGACCACCUGGCCCUCCUGGUCCUAGAGGUCCCUCAGGACCCCCAGGAGCCGACGGCCCUCAGGGUCCCCCUGGAGGUGUUGGAAACCCCGGUUCUGUUGGAGAAAAGGGAGAUGCUGGUGAAACAGGAGAGCCAGGACUUCAAGGAGAACUUGGCCCACCAGGCUCAAGAGGAGAACGUGGAGAAAAGGGAGAAAGUGGUCCAGCUGGUGCUGCUGGACCUCCUGGCCCUAAAGGCCCCCCUGGAGAUGACGGCCCCAAAGGAAGUCCAGGCCCAAGUGGUUUCCCCGGUGACCCAGGCCCACCCGGAGAGACCGGUCCAGCUGGUUUAGAUGGUCCAUCUGGUGACAAGGGAGAUGAUGGAGAGGCCGGUCAGGCUGGUUCACCUGGACCCACUGGAGAGUCUGGUCCCUCUGGACCUCCAGGAAAGAGAGGGCCCCCUGGAGCAUCAGGACCUGAGGGAAGACAAGGAGAGAAGGGAGCUAAGGGUGAAUCUGGCUUAGAAGGCCCGCAAGGAAAGACAGGCCCUGUUGGCCCUCAAGGAUCUCCUGGCAAGCCUGGUUCUGAAGGCCUGAGGGGUAUCCCUGGCGCAGUUGGAGAGCAAGGACUCCCUGGUGCUCCAGGCCCAGACGGACCCCCUGGACCUAUGGGCCCUGCUGGUUUACCUGGUUUGAAAGGAGACUCUGGUGUUAAAGGAGAAAAGGGUCAUCCAGGUCUCAUCGGUCUUAUUGGACCUCCAGGUGAACAGGGAGAAAAGGGUGACAGAGGCCUUCCAGGUCCCCCAGGAACAUCUGGUCCAAAAGGAGACAACGGUAUUGCUGGUCCUACAGGUCCUCUUGGUCCCGUCGGUCCUCCCGGAUUACCUGGUCCUCCAGGUCCCAAAGGAGCCAAAGGCUCAUCUGGUCAAACUGGACCAAAAGGAGAGACUGGUGUACCUGGAUCUCCUGGCCCCCCUGGCCCUCCUGGUGAUGUCAUCCACCCACUUCCCAUCCACGCUCCCACUAAAGGUAGAUCGCGUAGGAAUAUCGACGCCAGCCAGCUGAUGGACGAUGCGGAUGCCAACUACAAGGACUACGACGACGGCAUGGAGGAGAUCUUUGGCUCCCUCAACUCGCUUAAGCUGGAGAUCGAGCAAAUGAAGCACCCACUGGGCACGCAGAGCAACCCUGCACGAACCUGCAAGGACCUGCAGCUCUGCCACCCUGAUUUCCCUGAUGGCGAGUACUGGAUUGAUCCCAACCAGGGCUGCUCGCGGGACUCCUUCAAGGUUUACUGCAACUUCACAGCAGGUGGAGAAAGCUGCAUCUUCCCAGAUAAGAAGUCUGAAGGGAGCAAAAUGGCAAAAUGGCCCAAAGACUCGCCAGGCACAUGGUAUAGUCGCUACAAGAGAGGUUCCCUGCUUUCCUACGUGGAUGCAGAGGGCAACCCCAUCGGCGUGGUCCAGAUGACGUUUAUGCGACUGCUGAGCGCAGCUGCCCGGCAGAACAUGACGUACAACUGCUACCAGUCGGUGGCCUGGCACGACCAGGACCCGGACAACUACGACAAGGCCAUCCGCUUCCUGGGCUCCAACGAUGAGGAGAUGUCUUAUGAUAACAACCCCUACAUCCGCUCCCUGGUCGAUGGCUGCGCGUUGAAAAAGGGCUAUGAAAAGACAGUACUUGAGAUCAACACACCAAAGGUGGAACAGGUGCCUUUUGUGGACAUCAUGUUCAACGAUUUUGGCGGCCCCACGCAGAAGUUCGGAUUUGAAGUGGGCCCCGUCUGUUUCAUCGGCUAAGACUUUUCACUGAGCAAACGGAGAAAGAAAAAAGAAAACAAUUGAAAAGAAAAAGAAUAAGACAGUUUCUAUUUGUAAAAAGUAACUUUUUUUUUUCCAUAAAGCAACAAGUAUGAAUAAAAUGAAAUCAUGUCAAGAACACAAGUGAAAUUCCAUAGGAAUAGAGGAAAUAACCUUGAAACCUCAGUGUGCCUUCUCCAUCACAUGCAAGUUUUGAAACUGGAUGUCAGGUCCUUCCUCCUGCACGACACACUCGCAAACACAUUCAUACACAAACUUUCCCCAUAUCACACUUCAUUUUGACAACAAAGGCGACGCUGAGAGCUGCAGCCGUUUCCAGACGGCCGUGGCGUUUCCCACGGACUCCAACCGAUCUGGCUAUCUUUAGUUUUGGUCACAUGUUUCCCUUCUAUUCUGUGCCUUUGUGUCACUUGUCUCUUGUUAGUUUGUUUGCUCAUUCACUACAGGAGCUUCGUUUGUGCAUUCUGUAUAUUUUUCCUGGCUGUAUAUUUUACUCCUGGCUUCAAAACAUGCAUGUGACUUUUUUUUUUUUAAAACCAUGAGGUAGGAGACCAUCCCAGAUAACAAAGAAUGUUUGGCCCAGUCCUGGCCCACAUCUGCAGCUUGCGUCUGGCCCACAUUUGGCUUUGACUGACAGCAAUGACUUGGCCAUGUUUACACCAGAUUUGGCCCAAUUCUUCUGAUUUUUUGGACAUUAGGGCUUCACGACACUUCCGAUAUCCCGCGUCAAUGCCAGUUUAGGAAAUCUGCGCCACAGCUGGCUGUUUUUAAAUGCAUCCCAAAACUGAAGUUUGGCCAGAUUCACGACCUUUCACAAACAUCUGGCCCUCAUAGCACUUGCCAGGGCCGUAACUGAGCCAUAAAGUGCCAAAAGCAGCCCAGAUUAGGCCUAAAUAUGUGUCUGCUAUCUGGGAUGGAGCAUCUAAACUGUGGAAACAUAUCAAAAGUGAGGACAUUUGACUUGUAAGAUGAAAGAUGAAAAAAAAAAAGAGGAAAAAAAAUUUGGUCAGAACCUGUCUUUGUGAAGUAAACUUUGUUGUAAUUUAAGAACAGAAUGGAAAUAAAAGACAAAAACAUGCUCUGUGAUAUUAUGUGACACUUUCAAAACAAACAAAAAAUAAGAGAACAUUCCUCCUUUUGUGCCCUCUGAACUAAAAUCACUUUGGUGGCAAUAUUGUUAACUUAAUAAAGCUUUUUGUGUUUUUUCCUGAAAUAUUCAUCUGUCUGACUAUGCAGUGGGGGGUGUUGUCACGUGUUGACGAAAAUACAAAGAAAAAUCAAAACCAUAGGUGCUAUUUUCUCUUUUCUGUGGUGCUAUGUAUUUUCUUUCAAGUUUGUGUUUUUGAAUGAAAGGAAAAAAAAAUGAUGGUGAUGAAACUUAAUUCCCAGCAGCCCGUUGAGUCGCUUCGCCAUCACUUCCGACACACGUGGCCCUUUGCUGCAUCCAAUCUGGGUAUUUUCUUUUUUUUGUGUUUUUAUUUUUUUUUUUUUGUGGUUUUUGCAUGUCACUUCUUUUACAUAUCUGCUUACGUUAUCUCCUGCUUCAGCGGACCGCACGGAUAACAAACAUGUCUGAUGCCUGUCUGUACCAAAUGUUGGAAUGACGAAGCUGAGGAAACUAAGAGGGCGCCUUUGGCUUUGUAUAUCAUUGCUUGGAAAGCUGCAUAUUUUGUUCGUUUUUGCCCAAGUUUUUGGGAAGCGGUCUCGAUGUUCCGUCUUAUUGUCGGAGUUCCUGCGUGGACGUGAUGUGGGCGCAUCAGACCCCCGAAACCAUCCACCAAAGGUUUUCACACACACGUACUUAGCUUUAAGGGGUUUGUCAUCGUGUUUGUAAAAAAAGGAAACCAAAUUAGCCAGAUGGAAAAGUUUGUCCGCUUCAUUUGCCUUUAAUGUAAUAAGGAUCUUUGUACAAACUAUGCACUCUAUGCUUUUGACCACUAGUAUCCACCACAGCGCUUCAUACGUUGGGUCCCCUCCCCUUCUUUUUUAAAUCUUCAAAUAUGUGACUUGAACCUUCUCUUAAGAUAGCUCAAUAUGCUUUUAGAUUUUUGGCUUUAUUCCUCAUUUUGUUGCAGUACACCCACAUUUUUACUUUGCUCUCAUUAAAAAUUGACUUUUUUUUUUUUUGUAAAUUUCCAGAACCAGCAGUGAUGCUGUCAUUGUUUUGUUUUAUUUUGUAGAUUUUCCAUUUUGUACGUCUGUUUUGUUGGUUUUUCCACAGUUUUGUCAAACCUGUGUAAUGAUAAGAGAAUAGAAGAUUAUAUUGGUUUUUAUGUCAAUAAAUUCAAGUUUACUGUG